AGGCAAACGUCGAUGGAUAACUUGGUAAUCUAACGACGCCAUUAGUUGUUGUAACUAAGAGUCACCAUUAUCAUCAGUUGCCAUAAAUUAUCAUAAUGCAAAAUGGAGCUCUCUACGAUGGGGGGUCGUCGUCUGACCUCUCAGCAGCUACAGCAACUACAGCAGUCCCAGCAACAGCAGCAGUCAGACCAGCAAUUUCAACCUUACCAGCACCCGUUGCAUCCAGCCCAGGCAAUGCUAUUCCAGCACCAGCAGCAGCAGCAGCAUCCCGGUCAACAAAUGGCACCUCCACCAUCCAUGGGAAUAGGAGGACUACAUCGUUCCGCUCCACGGUUUCAUGCCUCAAGGCACCGGAAGGACUCGCUCGGGAAGAGUGUUAGCAAGUAUAUGUACCCGCCGGGGUCGCCCUCGAUGGGGUUCAACGAGAAUAUCUACCAUCCCCAGACGACGGCCGCGGUGACAAUGACGACCAACAACGGCAACAGCCUCGGCAGCAGUUUGGCCAACAGCAACAAGCACAACCGUUACCCGGAGCCGGAUCCGGACGUAAUCGAGGUCUACUUGGAGGACGAUCCCAUCAAGCUGAAGGAAGCGGUGCGCGAUGGAAAGGAAAUAAAAUGGCGCAACAAUAUUGUGGCGACGAUGGAACGAUACGAGCCGGCUCCCAUAUCGGCCGCAACUUUACCAUCCUCCUACUUGCACCACCACCAGUCCAGUAACGACAGUAGCGUCAAUCCGGAAUACUCGUACGCGUAUUGUGAACCGAUGCUGCUCAAACAGCAAGCCCUUCAGCAGCAACAACAGCAGUCCCAACAAGCUGGCGGUCAGCUACAUCCGAACAAUAUCCCCCAAAUACACAAAAUCUCCUCGUCAGUGUCGAGCAAUGCGCUCUCCAAGUUGCCAUCCACCAAUUCUCUACGUGCCUUAUUGAGUAAAAGCUUCCGCAAGAGUUCCAUAACGACGAACUCGCCGGGAACGUCUAGUGGAGGUCCCAAUGCCAUGGGCAAUGCCGCGAUUACUCAAGAAAAGCACACGUUUACCACGCGCUACGGAACGAAAGAGAACAUCUAUGAAGAUGUUGGUGCUGGAAGUACUCUAGGGACGCCAAAGCCCGCAGGAAAUAUAAACUCUUCAUCGAUGCAGAGCUUUGAAUCCAUCAGCAAGUUCAACAUACACGAUGAGCUGAGGCACGUGCAGAGCCAACAUGACAGAAUUAUAGGAGAGCUGAAUCUGUCGGUAGAGACGUUGAUUAUGCCGUCAAAGGACGAACAAGAUGCCAUCGAGGAACGACUGAAUGAAAUCCAUUGCGCACAGUACCAUGAUGAACUGUCACAAGACGAUUGCAUAGCAGCAGGUUCGUCAAAUUCAGCUAUGAUUCAUAUGCAAGAGCGGCUAUCACCAACCACUUCGCAGCCUAACAGUGGCGACGUGGAUAGCGGGAUUAGCGGUAGUAGUAGUAGUGGUGCUAGUUAUUCCAGUAGCAUGCUGUAUCGGACUACCACUAUGUAUACGAACAAUAGCAAGACGGUCACGGUAAACGAUAACGCAGAGGGUAGUGGUUCUGGAAUGUCAAUGAUGGCUGGCAGUAGCUCGAUAAGAAGCAGCUGCGGCAGCAACAGUGGCUGCGGUCCAGGUCCAGUUGGCAGUUAUUCGGCCUGUGGGAGUGCUAGUUGUAGUAAAAUGGCUUCAAAUGUUGUGAUACCUAAUUCAAAUAAGCUAACUUGUUGUUUCUAUUCAGAUAAGCUAAAUAAAAAUAGUAAAUCCAAUUCCGAUCACUUAGACACGCUUGGCGAUAAGUCCAGCUUUUGGAAUAAAUUAGGGAAAUUGAAAAUUUCCGGUGUAUUUGGUGGUGCCAACAGUAGCAACAGCAGCAAUAGCAGCUCCAGCAGUAGUAGUACAAAUGGCCAACACUUCCAUCCGCUGCAUCACCACCACCAUCCGCAUCUACACCAUCAUCACAAUCACGGUAUGCUAAGCCAUCCCCAUCAACUGUCUGGCAUUAACCAUUCAGCUCCGACGACUACCACCAAUACGGCCACAAUGGCGCGAAGCAACGAUGCCGAUCCACAUCUGCAUCUACAUCACCACCAUCAUCACCACCACCAUCGUCUUCCGUCACCGCCAGUCACCACAACGAUCGAACCCUGGUGGCAAACUCCUCCGUCGGAUCCUGGCUGCAUAGAUAUCUCCGUUUGCGGUGGAGGCGAUUAUCAGAUGCCUUGUGAACUCGUGGUUCCACCACCAUCCCUAUUGUCGAUCGUUAGCGGUGUUGGUGUUCGUCCACCACUGCCGCAACCACCACUACAUACACAGAUCGAACUCGAAGAGGACGAAGAAGAACAGCGAACGGAACCGGAUCAAACGGCAUCCAACUAGGACUUCGGGCGUCGUCCGUUCCAUAUGUGAUGUGAACUCUUAAUUAAUGACCGUACUACAACCAGACGCUACACAAAGUCGCGAAUGUAAAUAUAAAGGAGCCCACUUGCUCAUGUUUUUAGUGUAUAGUAAAAAUUAUAACUGUCAUUUUAACACAAAUCGAUCGCUAUUGUAAACAAUGAUCUGUAUAUUUUAGAACAUCAAUUCACUGUAAAGGAGCGAACAAAAAAUAGGCGAACCAAUUCGACGAGAAACAAAAAAAAAUAGUAGAUUCUAAUGUGAAUAGUUAGUGCUAUAUAACGAAAAUAUUUAAAAUCGAUAACAUUUUUGCGGUUCCCGGUGACCAAACAACGCAACGGACCAUCGUUUCGUGAAAGAUUUUUUUUUUUGUUCUUGGUUGAAACAGAUACAUCUGAACCAGAUAAGUGUAAAAUUGAGCAAAUUCAAAAUUGUUAAAUUAUUCAUUGUUUUUUUUCGGUUGAAUUUACAUUUGGAUCGAUUUGGCAUUUAAAAAAAUAGAAACAUACAGGAGAUUCAGUUUUUGAUUCAUUUGGCAAUAACGUACAUCUACGCGAAGAAGUAUGAGAAAAGAAACAAGAGUAAGGAAAUGCCAAAGAAUACAUUUAUUGAGGUAAUAUUAAUAUAUUUUUAUACUUAAUGUUAUUUAAAAUAAAUAUUUAGAAAGGAAAACUUCAUUCAAAAUGAUAA